GUUUUGUUAAUCGAUAAUUUGUGAAAAUUUAAAGAUAUUUCGUGGGACCUAAUCAGGAACAGCAAAAUUGGUAGAUGAAAUCAUUGUUGUGCUUUCGAAUCAGCAAAUUGUUUACCGAUAAUGGAUGUAGAUGUGGAUGACUUGGACCUUGACAACGAUGAAAUCAAGGGAUUUCUCAAGCAUAAGCUGAUGGAAUUGAAAGCUAAUAAUGCCAAAAUAUCACAAACUAUUAGCGAAAGAAAGAAACAUAUUCAGAAGUUAGUUGAAAUUAAUAAUGAUGAAGUAGAUGAAGAGUCUGUUAGCAUAUCACCCACAUGGAAGAAACUGUUUAAUGGGAAAUAUUCUCUGGGAUUCACCAUUCAAAAUAAUGGCACAAGGCCUUUGACAAACAUGAAAGUAUUCUUGAAGUGGACAUUAUCGAAGUCGAUCUCCUAUGAAGUGAACACUGUCAAUAUCAACACAGAUGAAACCACUAAAGGCUUUCAAUGCAACGAUAAAUUCUGCCAAAGAAUUUCAGAAAACGUAUACAAGUCCGAGGAAAUACAGUCUCUGGGAUAUAUUGUCGUUGUUCUUGACUUUCCCAAGUUCAUAAAAAACCUCGAGGUGGAAAUAACUGGAAAUAUAACCUAUAAAACAGGACGUGACGAUCGGGAACACAAUCUUGCCGUACCCAAAGUCGAUAUUUCUCCUCUGGAUGCUACCAAUCGGCAGGUGGUGUCAGAUUUGCCAUUAUCUGAAGGUAGCACAGAAAACCUGCUGUCAGCUGUCUUUUGUAGUACCAGAACGGACCUGGUGAUGGUUCUACCUCAAGACUUUUCUAGCAAGUUGGACAGCGCCUUCGAAAUCCACUGUGCCUUAACAGCAGUGACAGUUCCAGCUUGUUGCAGAAAGUAUUUCUGGGCCAAUAGAGUUUCACCAAUUUUCAACAACUCAAUAGUUGAAGUCCAUGCAGCCCAAGAAGAAAGUUCAUCAGUGUACCGUUGUACUGUGUAUAGCAG